UGCAGCUGGUCUCGCCUCUCUUCGUUCAUAAUUCCUCGUCGCUCUUCACCAUUCUCACGUGCUGGUCACCUCUUACCUCGCCCGUUCUUUCACCCCAUGAUGCUGAUCAAGACAGCAUUGUUGUCAUUUCUUUUCGCCGCUCUUCUAUCGUUGGCGGCUCCUGUUCCAUCUCUGGACGUUGGGGGAUAUCAACUGGAUGCAGGGGAAAGUGCCGCACUGCAAAGGCGCGCACCCAACCCGGGUCCACUACAACAUCAACAGCUCACUGGAACUCACACAGGAGGACAUCCUUCCAAACUCAAUCUGAGCGCAGGUGGUGCUCCUGCCUCUCCCCCGUCUGCGAAGAAGUCUAUAAAAGGGGCUGCGAUUGCGAUCGGUCACUUUGCCCGGCGAAUGUUUGGAAAGAAAUCGCAAACAGAACCACCAGUACAACCACUACCACCAGUACAACCACUACCACUAGCACCAGCACUACCGUCUCACGUCACGUGUGGAAUACCACACGAUAACAUUUUUCACAAUGUUCUCGCACAACUAGCCCAGACACACACGUCUGAGGGAAAUCAUCUCUUGGCAUCAGAAAUCUACCACAGAAAAGCAGUGAUACACGCCACCAUGGCUGGACAGUACAGGAACGCAAUCUUCGACAGGAAAAUGCGUUAUAUGGGAAAAAAGAUGCCUUCUGAGGAAAGCCAAGUGGUUGAGACUUACAAACGAUCCGAGGACACGUUGCUUAGCCUCAAGACAGUCGCCGAAAACAAUCAUGCGGAAUCCCUCAAGGCUCAUGAAAAAGGGGGUUACAAAACACAUCGGAUGUCUGAGAAAACUAGGCAGUUACAGGAGGCGGCCGACCACGCGGUAAUGGAGUGGGGAAAUCACGAUACAUAA